GAUUGGCCAACAGUGCGAUAAACGCGCAUGGGUCGAAUAAUCUCGUUGCCAGGGUAACCAAUUCGAAAACAUUGUCGAUCGUUCAUUCUCGCGUGGAGCGUGUGUUCGUGUCGCGAGUCGUCGUCCCUGACUUCGACGAUGGAGAAGAGUUUGUCACCGUCAGUUCGAAAGUGGAUUAAAAAAUGUUUGAGAGAAAAAUUCGAGGAACGAGUGCGGAGCGAGCUAGAGAACGAGGAAAGCACUUAUGCGGUUGCAGAAGGAAUAAUGCACUCGGACGAGAUGGAAGAUUGGAUCGAGUCGAUGAAAAAUGCAUUUGAAGAAGAACGAAAGGGUUAUUUGUCCUCUGGUAGAAUUUCAAAACUUCUUGAUUCUCGUCAAGCUGUAUCAUUGUCAUUUGGCAGCGAUGUGUCCGGAGACGAUUGGAGCCCUUUUAAAAGUCCUGACGACGAGUAUGCCUACGUGAUCGAAAAAAUAAGUUACGACAAUCCAGUCCACGUGAGACUCGCUGGCUAUGAAAGGCUGCUCGAGAGCGAAUCAAGUAACUUGGGCAACAGCGAAUCUUGGGAUAUUCUAUUGAAAGCCUUGGCAGAUGGAAUAGCUGAUGAAAAUCGUCCCGUUUUCGAGGCGAGUUUGCAGGUCCACGCGAAACUUUUGGAAUCUUCGCGUGCUCACGACGUUUAUACGAACCUUUUGAGCGCGUUCAACGCUCAGUACCACACGAAAAAGAUCAACGAUACGCUACCGACCCUGAACACCGGUAUAAACUUCAAAAUAUUUUUGCACGAGAAAUUGUGUCGUUUGAUGAGACUGAUCUUACAUCAUCAGGAGGAAAUGGUGAAAAGCGUAAGAACCGUCGACAGAACAAUCGAAGAAAUGAUAGAACAAUUCAUCGUUUUUCUGAGUUCUCACACUCUUGGAAAUUCUGUGUCACCGAAAAUACUCCAUACUCUUAAUAUUUUGUCGAUACUCGAGCCCCAGGCGGGUUGGAGUAAAAAGUGGAUACACGGUUUGGCAACGAGGAAAACGUUCGCAACAGUCCUCGGAAAAUCACCGAGUUUGGUCGAAAAUAUUUUGGUUAUCGUGAGCAGAGGAUUGGAGAAAUCACCUGAAGCACUCACUUUUAUCAUCACCGACGAACCGCCCGAAGUUUUCAUAUCCGGCGAGACUGUCGAAACUGCAACGUAUCUUCACGGCCUUAAUUUUCUCGCUCAAUUGACCAGUUACUCCGCAGGCCGUACUCUGCUCACGGAAAGUCCAUUCGAGUCUUCUCCCUCGAUCAACAAUUUUUCCAUAGCACUAGUUUCUUCACUCAAUAUUCUUGCCUCCUCCGCGACUGCAAAUGCCGUUUACAACUCGUCACGCGUAGCUCUUCGUUACAUGCUCGACAAAUCAAACUUGUUAUCGGAUGGAAAAGUUUAUGAAGUUGCUCUCAGCCCACUGACGAAAAGCUCGAGCAACUCCGAAGGUAAAAUUUGGCCUCAUACUCUUGACACGCUAAAUCAUAUGCUCCAGAGCAAAGAAGGCGUCACUUUUCUCACUGGUGAUCAUCGCAAAAAAUCCGCUGAUCCUCACGAACCCGAGCCGUGCUACCCCAUCGUCGCAGCUUUCGAACACAUCUCCAAACUCCUCAGACAGCCUUUCUCCGUUAUGAACAUCAAUCACGUUGUCGAACUCUUCCGUUUCGUCGGAUGUGCCUUCGGAGUUCACGAACUUCAUGGAAUCCUAGAAAAUACACUUAGAUUACAUUUUUUUCCUGCAGUUGCUUAUCUUUACAGUAAAAUGGACAAGUAUGCUGUGGGCCACGAGAGCACGACUCAGUAUCUCGACAGCGCAGCAAAGAGCAUGCUACUCAAAAUAGUAGCAAGUCCACUCGGACUUCGAACUCUGGUCCAGGAGUCAUUGGUUUUCGAGGAAUUGAUUCGUGGUUCAAUAGCGCCGCUCAGAGCUCCAUGGAGUUCCAGUGAAAUUCUCAGUUUCGUAUCAUCCGCAGCUUAUUUUGAUCUUGGUAGUAAAAUAAUAAACGAUCUUGCUCCCCAAUCGUUAUCGACAACUCUCGAGGAAGUGUCAAUGGUUUUGGAAGAUCCUCUCAACUUCCACGAUCCUUGGGACAAUUGGGAUCUUGAAAAGUUCCUCCACGUUCUCUCCGCUUUGUCUUUGAGCACCCGAUGUUUCAUUGCAUUUAUGGCGGAUUCGGGUUACGACGAUUGUAGCGACGAGUACAAUUAUCCUCGAAGACUGCGGGAUUUGAUAAAUCACUCGAUCCAAGUCGAUUCCCAGUACCACUAUCUGGGACUCUUAACAAUCAAAUCGUUCCUCUGGAAUUUGGAUAUUUACAUUUAUUUGAUGAACGCUUUCAAAUUUGAAACUAAUUUGCUCAAGUUGCAAAAGCUAUCGAUUCAUGAAUUCGAAGAAGAUGGUCAAACAAGAGUCGUCCAUAUUACAGACGCUUGCAGUCUGUUACGCCAUCAAAUUCUCACGAAUUCGUACUACAUCCGACACAAGCUUGACAGAUCGAUCACUGACAUUGAAGAGUGCACGUUGUACUCGGAAUUUCCGCCUCCCAACGAAUCCCGAAUACCUCCAAAUUUGACGAGGACUAAUUCUUCCUCGGACUUGAGCGAAUUGUUGGAAAACAGUAAGCCUGGCCUCAAAGACAGCGGUUGGGUGUUGGAGGUGAGAAAGGCUUACAGGAACUCUCCGGAUCCUAUGAAAAAUUCGGUUCUCAUAGAACUAUUGGAUCAGAUGGAGAAAGCUAUUCCAACAGCCGAAUGGGUUGAUAAUUUUGUAUGGGAAAGUGAAAAUAACGUUGAAAAUCGAGACUGGUUGGAGGAAGAGAACUUAUGUUUCAAUCUGGUUCAUCGUUACGCCGAGGAAAACUGUCCAUUCGAAAAUGAGCAGGGGAAAGAUGAUAUUAAGAUAUUUUUUCAGGCAGCUCAUCGGUUCAUAAAUUAUGUGCCACCAAAGAGUUUCGCAGGUUUCGAUUGGUUUUUGGCAACGAUUUACAUCAUUUGUGAAGGGAAAAUGGACACAUGCAAAAAGUUCGUUGAGCUGAUUAUUCGAUUUCCAUCAGCGAUGUUCAUGUGGCCAAUAUUCGGAUUAACCAUCGAUCAUAAUAACAGAGAGGAAAUGGCAACACAAUGUUUGUUAGGCCAACAUCUCGAAGAUGUGAUCGAUGAAGAAAUAUCAACAGUCAAUUUUGCUUUGAAAAAUCACUGCGGCGUUCAUUGGUGGAUGAUAUGCAACAGACUCAUGUCUCAAUGUUUUUGGGGUGUUUUACCAUGGAACGAAAUCGUUGACUUUAUCGCAAUAAGUAUUUUACACUCAGCCGACUACGUCGUCUAUUAUUGCGUUUCGUUGCUUCAUCACUGUCAGAAUCGGUUGAUGGAAGACAUUACGAAUAAAAAAAUGUGGCCGGACCACAUGUACCUCGGAGAUUACCGCUGUCACUACCAAAUGUCGUUUAUCGACCGGAUUGGUAAGCGCUACGGGAACAGAGUUCUGCCGUCGAUGACGCAACGAAAAUUGAUUUCGACGGAAGAACAGUAACAUUAGUAAUAAAAUUACAAAGACAAGAAGCGAAUGUUAUGUAUAAUUUUCUUACAAGCUCGAAACUCUAAAGAGGUAAACAAUGAUUUAAAAAAAAUGGAGUUUUCUUGCUUUUGAAACUGUUUCUCAGUAAUAUCGUUUCAUUUAAUAUUCUUUUUGUUUCAACAAUGUAAACGUGUGGACCUUAACAGGCGUGAUAAAUGCACAUUAACUUGU